CCGGGUGCUCGUCCGUGUCAGUAAGAUGCAGAGGACUGUGCCCAGCCUCCCUCUGGCGCCCUCGGUGAAGGUGAAGCUCAUCAACGCGGGUUUCCAAGUGGCGUCAGAUUUGAUUGACAUGCGUCCUCUUCAGCUCUGCAAAGAGGCAGGUAUCUCACAGGAGGAGGCAGUGGAGGUGUUGCAGAUGUUGAGGGAUGAUGGCCAGCCUCACCAGCAGAGAGCAGCAACGGAGAGCCUAACAGCUCUGGAUCUCCUGCACCAGGAGCAGGCUCUGGGGAGCAUUGUGACGUUCUGCUCAGCCCUGGAUGAUGCCCUAGGAGGGGGCGUGCCCGUGGGAAAGACCACUGAGAUCUGUGGGGCCCCUGGUGUUGGAAAGACUCAACUGUGCAUGCAGCUUGCUGUGGACGUCCAGAUUCCUGUGUGCUUUGGAGGUCUGGGAGGAAAGGCACUGUAUAUAGACACAGAAGGGAGUUUCUUAGUGCAGCGGGUUGUUGAUAUGGCAGAGGCAGUCGUGCAGCACUGCACCCUCCUGGCAGAGGAUACAGAACAGAGACAGGCUUUAGAGGAACUUACUGUCGAGAAGAUCCUCUCAAGUCUCUUCUUGGUCCGUUGCCAUGACUAUGUAGAGCUGUUAGCUGAGGUUUACCUCCUACCUGACUUCCUUUCUGAGCAUCCUGAGGUGAGGUUGGUAGUGAUUGACAGCAUCGCCUUCCCAUUCCGGCAUGACUUUGAGGAUCUUUCUCAGAGGACUCGUCUCCUAAAUGGCCUUGCCCAGCAGCUCAUCCAACUAGCAACACAACAUAGUUUAGCGGUUGUUUUGACCAAUCAGAUGACGACAAGAGUUUCAAAUGGCCAAUCUAAGCUGGUUCCUGCAUUAGGUGAGAGUUGGGGUCAUGCUGCGACGCAGAGGCUCAUCCUGCACUGGGAGGGACUGCGAAGGCUUGCCUCCCUGUACAAGUCUCCAAGUCAAAUGGAAGCCACAAUCCAAUAUCAAAUCACAGUCCAGGGUUUUAGGGAUGCCCCAGAUGAACCCAGACCUACUCCUGCUUCGUCUGCAGUCUCAUGUCCUUCAGGAAACCACAGCAAACGCCCUCGAAUGGAGGAUCUGUCUUGAGGAUGUAUUGCAGACCAGUUUGCUUUUAAAAGCUGUAGGAUGCCACUUCAAAACUCAAAAUGUGCUGAGAGAAAAAGAAAGCAUCAUAGCAGGAAUGCACAAAAAUGUAUAUAUUAUAUAAAAGCACAACAAGGGAGGGUUAGUUCUUGGAUUAUUAUUGAAUAAAUUACAGUAUAUUGAUUGUUUUUGGUAUUAGUGGAUUAAUAAGUGUAUCCAAUAUUUCCCACCAGACAAUCCGACAAUGUUACAAUUCAUGUGGAAACACUAAAAAUGCACACCUAUUCCAAAGUGACCAAAACUUUCCAACUUAAACUGGUUGAUGGACCAGGUUAAAGAUCAUACAUUUAUACAAAUAUUAAAAGCUAUUCUUGGUGUUCAUUAUUCUCCAACACUUUACUUGGCUAAUAUUCUGUAUAUAAUAAAUGCAAAAUUGUUUUUGUGCCGCUUCAAGUGCUAGUGAUAAGUCAAACUAAUGGACAAUCGUCAGUCGUUAAUCAUGUCACCUAAUUCACACAAGCCCAGACUUUGUGCCAUAAUAUGCAAUUAACUCAAUUUGUAAUAGUGUAUUGAAUAAUUUGGCCCUAAUGAACCCAGUGAGAAGGUUUUGUUGUGUAUAUUGUGUUGCACAGGUCGCAUCAGAAUGACUUUCUGCCAUGAUUUAUGCGUGAGUGACAGUAUAGAGAUAAAGAGUUUACCGCUCACAUUCACCUCCAAGUAACAUUAAUAACUUAGCCGCAGAUUGUGCGGGUUCAAUAUCAGUAUAUCAUCCAGGUUCAUUCACUCCCAGCGUAUAUGUGUGAGGUUCAUCACUCUAAUUGAAUUAUACACUGGGAAGCCAGCAUUACAUCAGCACAAAGAUAAAAUAUGAGCACUUCACCUCAUAUUUCCUUGGCUGGCAAUGGAUAGUUGAGACACCCGGCCGAAGAACAGACUUAAAUGCUUUAUGUUCAUGUGGGAAGAAGGGGACAUUGGGUACUUGAUGUUUUUAACCUCUGUGUUAGACACAUGAACAGA